AUGACCUAUCAAAUCACUGGAACUGGAUCAAAUCACUGGAAGUGCCCAGAAACUGCCAGAAGAGCGACGCCUAGCAGCGCGCUGCCCGUGACAGCCACACACGAGGCACUCGGGAGCACUCCGCAGCUCGGACCGCCCCGUUCGUUCGCUGCCCGCGCUGCACGGCGGGAAUCAGCUCCCGGCUUCCCGUGCCCGGCCCGGGCCCUGCGCUGCACUCGUCUCCCGGCUCCAACACCCGCCCAGCAUCGAAAACGCGGAGGUGUCGACGUUCGGAGUUGCGGUGGCACGGGACGGCUCUGUUCUCAGUGCUCCGUGUCGGGUUCGCGGCUUGGAAGUGGCCGUUCCUCCGCAGCCCCGCAGAAUAGAACCAAACCAAGCAGAGAGCAAUUGCAAUAUGCUUCAGAGGUGAAGAGCAGGACUGUUCACUUCAUGACUUUAAGAAGUACAGGAACUCUGAACAACAGAAGCUUUUUAGAUGAGACCACUUACGAAAAACUGGCUGAAGAAACACUGGACUCCUUGGCAGAUUUCUUUGAGGACCUCACAGAUAAGCCUUUUACCCCAGAAGAUUAUGAUGUCUCUUUAGGGAGUGGAGUUUUAACAGUUAAAUUAGGUGGAGACAUGGGAACGUAUGUAAUCAAUAAGCAAACACCAAACCGGCAGAUUUGGCUGUCCUCACCCACUAGUGGCCCCAAGCGCUAUGACUGGACUGGACGGAAUUGGGUGUAUUCUCAUGAUAGAGUGUCCCUUCAUGAACUACUAUCAAAAGAAUUUUCAGCAGCAUUAAAAACUAAAUUGGAUUUAUCCUGCUUAAUAUAUUCUGGAAAAGAAGAUACUUGAUGAUGUUCUACCUCAUGGAAGUUUAAAGACUUUAACCACAAGCGCUUCCUUGGUUUCUCAGUACCUGAGCUUAUUUCUGUUGUUGUUUUCUUGACAUCACUGUGUGCAACAAUAUGAAAAUAAUAUAUUUUUCUCUAGUGCUCAGUCUUUGAGUUUCUCUGAUGCAUCUUGAAUGUGUAUCCAUGCAGUACAGGUAGAUGAGGUGUCCAUUCCCGUCACUGCAUUUUCUACUUUCUUACUGCCGAAGUCUGCGGUCCUGCUGGGAUGUAAGGGCUGGCAUCGGGUGACCUCUGACCAGUGCACAAAAGCCAAAUUUUUUUGGUGAGAUAUUAACCCAAAACAAGAAAUGUCUGUGAAUCACAGUGGUGUAAGUUAUGGUACUGUGAUGCACUGCUUUAAAAUUUGCAGCUAUUGAUAAAGUUUUAGUGUUACUGCAAGUAAAUAAUGCAGGGGAGUCAAACUGAACAUGUCAUAAAGGAAAUGACUGUGGCAAAGGAAAACUUUUUGUUUUGCGAGAUGGAUGUAAUUUUUCUCUCAGUAUUGCAGAACUUGCUCAUUUCUCCAAGUUCUAGAUUCUUUGACAUUGGGAUAUUUUUCUGAGCUAAAUUACCUACAGGUCUGUGUGUUUGUAAGCAUCAUGUAAAUCAAAAAGGCUGGCGUGCAGUGUUUAAGGUGUGCAGCAAUCUCUCUGCCAAUACUUUAUUCUCUUCCUGAUUCUACUCUUCGUAGAGCAAAAAGAUGUGAUUUAUUGCCUGUGUUUUAGUUGGUAAAUGGAGAUUGUGUCAUGGUAGCAAAAAUUUGCACUGCUGCAAUUCUUAAGUAAGUGGGCUUGGAUUUUCACCACAAUCCAACAUAGAAGCAUUUAAAAGCUUUUAUGCAUUUUCAACCUCAAGAAUGCUUUAACACUUGCAGUGUUGCAUUACUGCCACUGACUAUUUUAAUUGCCUUUAAAAUGGAAGCACAGUUGUUGACUAAUUAUUGAGAUAACAUAAUAUUUUUUUCAUUGUACUGUAAGUAUGUACAUGUAGUACACAAGUAUGGUGUAAGAUGUUUCAAUGCAAGUUACUUUUCUUCUGCCUCGUGCUGACACUUCUGAUUAGCUUGACUUUAUGUUUUUGGCUAGCUAGAAUUUUACAGGUGUGAUUAAUUCUAGAUAGCAUCAUUGCUCUGUACUUGCAUUUGAAGUAUAUGUUACCAGCUCUCUCUCACCGUGAACUCAAUAGAGAUUACAAUUUCCUUGAAACAUGACCAUGAUUGAUUGUGCAAGCUGUGAUCAUGUGAACUGUGCAAGCUGUUACACGUUUUUAAAUCAUCAUAAGAAAAGGUGAGCAUUAUCUGAAAUCGAAGCUACUGGAUGACUAGCAAGUGGUAUAUAGGAUUUUUUUUUUCUCAGAUGCAAGCUAAAACAGGACAUCUUUUUGCUAUUUGAAUUUAGAACUUAAAAAAAAAAAUACAGCGCAUGGAAAGCGGUAGUAUUCUGAUCAGUCUCCUAGUAAUUGAAAAAGCUAUUCAGACAAACCUGGAUAGAUGCUCAUUGCCUAAUAUGAGAAUCAGGGAUGUUUCCUCCUGGUUCUUCCUUUGCCUGAUCACAUAUAACUUGUCUAAUUAUUUUUUUAAUUGACUUUUCAAAAAAUUACUUUCUUAAGUAAUUUGCAUGCAGUUUACUCAUCAGCGUGUAUCCGAUUCAUAUUUUGAGGUUCAUUCUCCAUGCUGUUUCAUCUUCCUAGAGUCCCUACAGUCAGAAGGGACCUCUGAGGGCCCUCUUGUCCAACUCCCCUGCAAUGAACAGGGACACCACAGCUAGAUCAGGCUGCCCAGGGCCCGAUCCAGCCUUGCCUUGACAGUCUCCAGGAUCAGGGCAUCAACCAGGUCUCUAGGCAAGCUGUUCCAGUGCCUCACCGCCCUCACUGUAAAAGAGUUUUUCCGUAUAUCCAACCUAAAUCUCCUCUCUUUGAGCUUGAAGCCAUUUCCCCUUGCUCUGUCACCACAGACCCUGCUAAAGAGUCUGUCCCCUUCUUUCCUGUAGCUCCCCUUUAGGUACUGAAAGGCCGCUAUCAGGUCAACUCGCAGCCUUCUCUUCUUAUACAGUUGCUCAUACCAAAAUAAAGUUGCAUGGAGAAUUCA